AUGAACCCAAUCGCAAGGCAUUCUGCUCUUCGGGCAGUCCGCUCGCAACUGCGCCCGCGGGCAUUCAACCAGCCCGCAGCCUCUGCGCUCGCCCGCCUCCUCUCGACUCUGGCUGUCCUGGAACAGCGAGAUGGCAGGCUCCAGAACUCUUCCCUCUCAGCAAUUGCCGCUGCUCAGAAACUAGGAGGACCGGUUACUGCCUUUGUGGCCGGCAGCAACGUCAAGGGAACAUCUGCUGUCGAGGCAGCGAAGAUCAAGGGUGUGGAGAAGGUGGUGUCCGUGGAUAGCGACGCCUACGAGAAGGGUCUGGCUGAGAACUACGCUCCUCUUCUCGUGGAGAACAUCAAGAAAGGCGAAUAUACCCACAUCGUUGGCGGUCACACCGCUUUUGGAAAGAGUCUUCUCCCCCGCGUGGCUGCUCUGCUGGAUGUGCAGCAGAUCUCCGAUAUUACUGGCAUCGAGAGCGAGGAUACUUUCGUCCGUCCCAUCUACGCUGGAAACGCCAUACUUACCGUCCAGUCUUCCGAUACCACCAAGGUAAUCACAGUGCGGGGCACCGCAUUCCAGGGGGUUGAGACGGAGGGUGGUUCCGCCGAGAUUGUUGAAGGUGUUGACCCGCAGGCCCCGGUUCAGACCGAGUGGGUGUCUGAAGAACUUGCGAAGUCCGAGCGUCCGGACCUGGGUACCGCAUCUCGAGUCGUGUCCGGUGGUCGUGGAUUGAAGUCGAAGGAGGAAUUCGACCGGAUCAUGGUGCCCUUGGCUGAUACGCUGGGUGCUGCCAUCGGUGCCUCCCGUGCUGCCGUUGACAGUGGUUUUGCCGACAACAGCCUUCAGGUUGGCCAGACUGGCAAGAACGUUGCUCCUCAACUCUAUCUCUGCGCGGGUAUUUCGGGUGCUAUCCAGCAUCUGGCUGGUAUGAAGGACAGCAAGGUCAUCGCCGCCAUCAACAAGGACCCCGAUGCACCUAUCUUCCAGGUUGCCGAUGUCGGUCUCGUUGGUGACCUUUUCGAGAAGGUGCCUGAGCUGACGGAGAAAUUGAAGAGCCAGGCAUGA